GAAUAAAAAAAAAAACCUUCUUAAAAACUUAAAAAAAUUUCUGCCCUGAAAAGUUGAAUUAAAUCUGCAAAUCAGACGAAAAGUUCAGCAGAAUUUUAAACUCCUUGUUUUUCUUCGUCCUCGCCGCCUCGUUUUAGACCUCGACGUGCGGGUGAAGAAAAUGUCGCCCGUCCAGAAGCCUCGCUCCGUCCUGUAGAUCACAUUUUUUCUGCUGGACUUUUUCUGCUUCUUCUUCUUGUUUUUGCGACUGAGCUGCAGCAGCGACGCUCGCAGCAUCCGGGCCCCUGAGAUGUUUGGGAUCCAGGACAACCUGCCCCGCGGGGCCACGGCCAACAUGAAGGAGGAGCCGCUGGCCGUUCGCUCCUGGAUGCACUCGGCCGGUGUGGUGGACGCCAACACAGCUGCUCAGAGCGGGGUGGGGUUAGCUCGCGCUCACUUUGAGAAGCAGCCGCCGUCCAACCUGAGGAAGUCCAAUUUCUUCCACUUCGUGCUGGCUCUGUACGACCGCCAGGGUCAGCCCGUCGAGAUCGAACGCACCGCCUACGUCGACUUUGUGGAAAAGGAGAAGGAGCCGACGGGCGAGAAGACCAACAACGGGAUCCACUACAAGCUGCAGCUGCUCUACAGUAACGGGGUGAGGACGGAGCAGGACCUGUACGUCCGCCUCAUCGACUCCAUGACCAAACAGGCAAUCAUCUAUGAAGGCCAGGACAAAAACCCCGAGAUGUGCCGAGUUCUGCUGACGCACGAGAUCAUGUGCAGCCGCUGCUGCGAUAAGAAGAGCUGUGGAAACAGGAACGAGACGCCGUCAGACCCCGUCAUCAUCGACAGGUUUUUCCUCAAGUUUUUUCUGAAGUGUAACCAGAACUGCCUGAAAAAUGCAGGAAACCCACGAGACAUGAGGCGAUUUCAGGUGGUUGUGUCAACAACGGUGAAUGUGGAUGGUCACGUUCUCGCCGUCUCCGACAACAUGUUCGUGCACAACAACUCCAAACAUGGCCGCCGGGCGCGGAGACUGGACCCGUCUGAGGCAGCCACUCCCUGCAUUAAAGCCAUCAGUCCCAGCGAGGGGUGGACGACGGGCGGCGCCACCGUCAUCCUCAUUGGCGACAACUUCUUUGAUGGCCUUCAGGUCGUCUUUGGCACCAUGUUGGUGUGGAGCGAGCUGAUAACCCCUCACGCUAUCCGAGUCCAGACUCCGCCCCGGCACAUCCCCGGAGUCGUCGAGGUCACGCUGUCCUACAAGUCCAAACAGUUCUGUAAAGGAGCGCCGGGACGCUUCGUCUAUACAGCGUUGAAUGAGCCUACCAUCGAUUACGGCUUCCAGAGGUUACAGAAGGUCAUCCCCCGCCACCCCGGAGACCCGGAGAGACUGCCGAAGGAGGUGCUGUUGAAGAGAGCAGCAGACCUGGUGGAGGCGCUCUACGGGAUGCCUCAUAAUAACCAGGAGAUCAUCUUGAAGCGAGCAGCAGACAUCGCUGAAGCGCUCUACAGCGUUCCCAGGAACCACAACCAGAUCCCAUCGCUGGGCAACACCGCCUCCCAUGGCAUGAUGGGAGUCAACUCUUUUAGCGGGCAGCUCGCCGUCAACGUCUCUGAGACAACGCAAGUCGGCUACAGUCGAAACACCAGCAGUGUGUCACCGCGAGGAUAUGUACCAAGCUCCACCCCCCAACAGAGUAACUAUGGCAACACAGUCAGCAACAGCAUGAAUGGCUACGGCAACACAGGCAUGCCAAACCUUGGGGUGGCAACAUCACCCGGUUUCCUCAACGGGUCCUCAGCCAAUUCACCCUACGGCAGUAAGUAUCAAGUCGUUCCCUCCAGUCCCACCAUGGCCGUCUCUAACUGUAACUCCUCGCAUGGAGUUUUUUCCUUCUCGGCUGCCGUCAAACAGAAGAGCGCCUUUGCUCCCGUCGUUCGGCCGCCAGCUUCACCUCCUCCUCCACCCAACUGCUCCGCCAACAACGCCAAUGGGCUGCAAGCCAUGUCCGGCCUCGUCGUUCCUCCCAUGUAGAAAACCUUCCUCCUCGUUCCUCACCUGUCUCCUCCCCCUCAGCCACGAGCACUAAUCACCUCAGAGGAGGAGGGACCUGUGGCCUAAGGAGGCGGGGCCUCCGGCAGCAGCCAGUCGUCUGCGACUGGGCCGAGCCUCUAAGAAGAACCUGAGAAGGACUUUUUGUAGAGCAGCUUUCUGCGGGUGCUUUCAGCUGUCUGUAAUUAUUCUGAUGUUAUACUCUAUGUUUGGGGGCGGGGUCAUUCAAUGUAAAAACUGUGAUGUCACAUCUAAGACUUGACUUCACUUAGUCUGCUUGUGAUGUAAUCUUAGUUGAAGAAAUGGGAAUCUAAAGAGGAGUGAGAUUAAAGGCUUCAAAUUACAGGACACAGUUAUCAGUGUGUCUGUCAUACCUAGCAAUCGGGGUGCUAAUGGUGCCCUUCAUCAGCACCCUGAUGAGGAGCAGACAAUGAGUGACAUGAUAAACACCUCUGAAAGCACCUGAGUUCAGGUGAACCUCAGUGGGGGGAGGCAGAACACUCCCUGUUUUUUAAAAUAAUCCAGGACAUCUCAUCAUCAAACCUUUGCCAACCUUUAGCCAAACUGAAGUGUCAUAUUUGAAGAACGUUUCAGAAAAGAGAGAUGAACACAGAAGCAGCAGCACUGAUUUUAGUUAGGCUGAAGGUUCGAGGGAGGUUCCUGUUAUUUCUGCUGCUGCCAGACUCAGAACAGGGGGGACGAACAGGAAGCAUAGCUAUGAAAGGCUCCUUCCACUGAGAAUUCACUAAAAUCUGUUGCAGUAUCCGGCGGCGUCCAUGUUGCCAUGAACAGUGUUUAUUUUAUCAGAAAUUGCAGCAGGAAUAAUUUGAGGCCUUUAAUCGUUUCAGUAACCUCAGCACAUAAACUUCUGACCUCUGAAAGCACAACGAUAAAACAAUAAAUGAAAAAUAUCAGUUUGUCCCUUGAAGUCCCGCCCUUCUUCUUUUAGCCCCGCCCUUGUACGUCUGUAUUUUUUUUAUGCUUGCGCUAUUAAAAAAAAAAAUCCUGCAUCCUGAUACGCUACUGUAACUGUCUGUCUUCUUGUUCAGAGUUGUCUUUCUAACCGUAGCUCCUCCCACAACCCCAAAGCUCCUCCCAUUCAUUCAAGCCCCGCCCCGUGUGUUUUUCUCUGUGGGUUUUGUGAUUUUUGCCAAAGUUGUAGCUGGCUGAAUAUUUAUACGUCACUGUGGUUGAUCACGCUGCCCCGCCCGUCACCAAAAUCACGAGGGAAACUCUUUUGUAACAUACAGAUUAUAAAUAUGUAUUUAUAUCUGAGAUUGUUUUGUAUAAAUGUCAAAUCAUGUCGUCUUCAUGGGGUUUUAGACAUGUGUGUGUAUGUGGUGUUGCCACACUGAAAAACAACCAUCGUUUUGUAUUAAAAAACAAAAAUGAAUGUCUUCACACAUUUAUAGUGCUGUCAAUCAAAGCUGACGUCCAAUCAGCUCCACUCGUUUGGUUUCAGUUGUUUUUAAUGUAACUCUUGUUCAAUGACUGUUUGGCUGUUUGGAAAUGAUUUCUUCACAGUGAAUAAAGACAGCAGGUUGCU